AUGAUUCACCAUCAACCGGCCAAGUACCAUCAUUCGAAUCCGUUGAGCCACUUCCUCAAUUUGCACACAUCUCAUGCAACUGCGGCUGCAGCGGCAGCCUUAGCAUUGGCCAGCGAUGCACAGUCGCAGCGAUCUCAAACAGAAGAUGAAGACGAUGAUAGCAGCAAUGAUAGGAGCUACCACGGUGCCGAAAGAUCAAGCCCGCGUCAGGAGCCACCAGCUUACGAAACCAGUCGAGGUGAUGUGAGCGAAACCGAACACCACAUUGACAUCGACGUAGACGAUCCUUGCCGGUCCGAAAUGGCGAACGAGGGCGAAAGCAAGGAUGAGCAUGUUUCACCAGCAGUCAAUGCACUGCAUAGAUUAUGCUCUAAGGUCGGCGGACAUGACCAGCGUCAUCAGGAAGAUGAUGAUGAUGAUGAUGAUAAUGAUGAGGAAGAAAUCGUUAUCGAUAGCAAGGUGUCACAGGAGGAGGAAGAUCGCGAGUACAAGGAUGUAGAGGAGCACGAUCCACGAAGCAGCAACCGGACUAGCCCCUGUACCGACACGGCCGUCCUCGGUACGGAUGGGUUUGUGGGGAAAUCCUUCACGAUAGCGGCCAUUCUAGGGUUAAAGAAGAAACAAGAUGAUGCAGCGCAACAGCAGCAACAACCGCAACAGCACCACCAGCAACAGCAGCAGCAGCAGCAGCUUCAUCAGCAGCACGUUGCUCAGCAACAUCAUCUUCAGCAACAAGUCCCUGGAGGACAUCAUAUAGCGCUCGCAGGACCACAUCAUCACAGCCAGAAUCAUAACAGGGAUAAAUUCAAAGAGUUAAGUAAAAAGUCUGGCCUAUCCUCGUCAUCGGCCGCGUCUCUGAAAAGCAAGCGUGUCCGGACGAUUUUCACUCCCGAGCAGCUCGAGCGUCUUGAAGCCGAAUUCGAAAGGCAGCAGUACAUGGUGGGACCGGAACGAUUAUACCUGGCGCACACACUGCAACUGACGGAGGCACAGGUGAAAGUAUGGUUUCAAAAUCGACGGAUCAAGUGGCGAAAGCAUCAUCUGGAAAUUACCCAGCAACGGUUGGCACUGAUCCGUCAGCGCCAGAUAGCGGCCGGUGGAGCCGGCGUACCGCUACCGAACGGUGCACAACCGGUAACCGGCCAUCUGACCGGUCAAUCCGUACAGCAGGGAGGGAUGAGUGGCGGUCGUAUGAUGAAUCCGAUCGAAUCACCAGAACUAACGAUCUGUACCGACUCGAUGGAUGCCCGUAGUGUGGCCAGUGAGGGAGAUGAUGAUUAGGGCAUCCCCAGCGGUACCCGCCAAACAUACAGGGAGAGUUAGUUUAAUAGUAGUGGCGGUAAACAGUGUAAAAUCCUAGUUCCCUAGUGUUUAAGUAGCUGUUCUGAAUUGGCUAUCGAACGUAGAAAGGUUUAUCGGUGGGAGCAAGUGGUACUAAAGUUAAUGGAGUAUUUAUGAAAAUAAAAUACAUC